CUAAAUUGCUUAACUAGUUUCUUUGUGAUGAAAUCUAGGCAAGAAUAAAAGCGUCGCAGGAGCUUAGAGAAAAUAUAUUAUAUAUUAUUACAUUAUCGUUUAAUGUAAAAUUUUCAUGAACGGCUUUGUCAUUAAACCGUGUCUAAAAAUGAAGAGGGCAAUUUACACGCCGGGUGAACACUGUUCUAUAGGGAUAAUCGAUGAACGACGAAAGAUAAUAUUUUCUCACAGCUUUUCUUUGGCACAUUAUGGCAUUUUGCCAACCCCACCCUGAACUGAUUUGUGGUCAUUGUGUGUUAUUAAAGUAGCACAGCUACGAACCGCCCAUGUCUCGACAAUAUACCAAUAUUAGUAAAAUUAUUAAACGGGGUAAAGGUUUUCCACAGUAGAGAUGUAAUUUAACAAACAUAAGAAUAAGUGCGUAGCAAACACGCAACAAUCCAAAAUUCUGGGGCAGCUGCGCUUUCUGCGUCAACGUUGCGGAUGCCUAUGUUUAAUUGCCACUGCAACGCAUCGUAACUAACAACCUGGAGUCAGUAUGUAGCGUUACUGAGCCCAGCAACUGUCAUAAAAUUUAAUAAUGCAAAUGCAAUUAAUUCACCUGACCCGGCCUCAUGUGGUGAGGAUGUCCUUCUGUUUUUCCGUGGGAGCUGAAGCAAUGGAAAUUAUGGUGCACACAAAAUAUUUCUUUUAACAGUUUUUCUUCUAAAUCAUACGAAUCAUGUAUGCUUAUUGUUACAUCACAUAAUUUCUAAAACUUUUCACUUUUUAACUAUUUCCAACUAAUAAAUGUACAGGAAUAGCUAUAUGGUAUUAUUUUUUGUCAUAAUUAAAAUAUUUGUAAAGUAAAAUUAAGUUUAUAUCAUAAUUAUACAUAAAUAAAAAAGUUGGGGUUUAAUGUCCACAAUUAUCAAAUAAGUCUCAUGAAGCUAAUAAUAUAAAUUUACAUAUAUAUGAAUUAUAAUAUAUAUAUCGAGAUAUAUUGAUGUACUCGAAUUUCAUACUCAGUACAAAUGAACUCGCUAAACAAUAAUGGAAGUCCAUACUCGAAUCUGCACUUUUUCUGGACCGGCUGGAUUGAAUGUGAACGAAACUACGAACAAUGCCGGUGUUCCAGUCAGUUGAGCAACCCCUUUCAUACCGAAUUCCGGGAGUAAACAAACAAAAGCUUCCGGUAAAAAGUAGAGGUGAAGUUAUCAUUGAUUCUUCGGCCAGUGUUCAGGGCCCGUUUUCAUGGCAACUUUUAGGUUUCAGGAACAUGAACAAAUUAGUAUGCAUCAGCGCGUAGGUCCCCCAGUUCUUAUCAGUUGUUGGAUAGAUGCUUGUGUCGGUUUAUACAUUCAGUGACCGAGAGGAAAACACAUAACAACGUUAACAAAUACAUUUCUUAAAAAAAAAUAUAACACCGAUUAAGUACAUUUUAAAGGACCGCUCCCUAACUUCUUGCUUUAUGAAACAAUAACCAAAGCGAUGCUAUUUAAGAUUACGAAAGCGCAUAAUUCUGCGAGUAUAUCUGAGCGGAAUAUUUAUUUAAUUUGGUUCUUAAUCUCUAAAAUGAUUAUGACCCUUACGCUGUCAGUAUCUCUACCAUUAAGUGGAACCAGCUCAGCCUGUAAAGCUAUUUCAACUUGUGAUCCAUUUAUGCCCAUCUGCGCGGCGUCGACAAAUGAGCACCAGUUUUUUUACAGCCACUGUGAAAUGUUGCGGGAUGCCUGCCUUACGGGAAAAGAUUGGAAAACGGAUUACUUCAACCACUGCAAUGUCAGUAAGCUUUAAACUUUUUGGGAACGUUCGACUACAAGUAGGAUGAAUGCUGUACCAUGAAGUUCAAACAACUAACUUUGUGUAUAUACAAACAUUAUAAUAAAACGGCUUACAAGUUUGAACUGUA